AUGGCGCACCGUGGAAACUACAAUAACCGCGGGAACAACCUCUCAGGAUGGAGUUAUAUCCAUUCAACCAACACCCCCACCAACUCGUACCAAAACGCGCCCCAACCAAACUCGUACCAACAAAUUUCAAACCCGAAUGCACCAGUGCGCUCAACACCGCAACCAUUGAGCGAUUCACAAUUGACGCGUCCUACCCCGACGCUACCAACCGACGAACAAAUUCAACAGAUUCAACAAAUUCGACAGCAGAAAUAUGACAUGGCUUGGCAUAUCGUUGAUGAGUAUGCAAUCGCACUCCAACGGUCAAUACAAGCCGGAUCCGUGCGACCGCCUUUCAACGCCGCUCAACACCGCCUCGUUCGUUUGUUCGAGGACACAUACGAAGAGUUCUGCAAACUCCAGGAACAAUACGACCAACUUGAAGAAGAGCAACUCGAACUGGACAGCUAUGACUUAGCCAGAGCCAAUGUCGAUGACUACGCACUCGCACUCUCACGGUCAAUACGACUUGGAUAUACACGACCGUCUAUCAACAACGCUCAACACCGCAUCAUGAGCAUGUUCGAGGACACGCACGAAGAAUACCGUGCAAUUGAGGAACGAUACGACCAACUCGAAGCGGAACACGCUCAACCCAUUACAAGGCGUGUAAACAGCGUUCAGGUAUCUCUCUCUCACAAUGCCUCAACCCGAAUCAGCUCCUUCACCGAGCCCAAUCAAUCAGCUUCAAGAAGGAGAAGAAUGAUGUCCAGCAACGUGACAUGUUCCAUACCCUCUGAGAGCACAAAUGGCAUACCUGUAAUCGACAUCCGUCUAGUGCCCGCAGGAUUGAGUGUUGAGGCUAAGUACAGACUCCGCGCACAAACUGCUGCUGCUCCAGUGGAUGGGAUGCCGGGCAUGAUGGUGGUCAUUGAUCACGGCUUUAUGCCAGUGAGGCCUACCAGCGUGACUGCACUUGAUACCAGCUUGCUGGUCUACGAUGUUGACUAUAUGUCGGCGAUUGAUACCAGCUUUAUGCUGGUCUGCGAUACUGAGUUUGUCUCGGUCUUUGAUACUGAAAUACUCAGUUACUAA